AUGAAGAUUUUACUGGCAAUCGCCUUUUUUAUUUUAAUUGCUUUGUGGGUUGAAGAAGCCUAUUCUAAAGAAAAGUCUUCCAAGAAAGGGAAGGGGAAAAAGAAGCAGUAUCUGUGCCCAUCUCAGCAGUCGCCAGAGGACCUGGAUCGGGUGCCGCGCAAUUCCACCAGCGAUAUCCUGAACAGGAUGUUGGUCAGUUACGAUCCCAGGAUAAGACCAAACUUCAAAGGCGUUCCUGUUGAUGUAGUCGUCAAUAUUUUUAUUAACAGUUUUGGGUCCAUUCAAGAAACAACAAUGGACUAUCGCGUUAACAUCUUCCUGAGACAAAAAUGGAACGACCCGCGGCUGAAGCUCCCCAGCGACUUCCGGGGUUCGGAUGCUCUCACAGUGGACCCCACAAUGUACAAAUGCCUGUGGAAACCAGAUUUGUUUUUUGCGAAUGAAAAAAGUGCCAAUUUCCAUGAUGUAACCCAGGAAAACAUACUUCUCUUUAUUUUUCGGGAUGGAGAUGUCCUUGUCAGCAUGAGGUUGUCCAUUACUCUUUCCUGCCCCUUGGACUUGACUCUGUUCCCCAUGGAUACGCAGCGUUGCAAGAUGCAGCUGGAGAGCUUUGGUUACACAACCGAUGACUUGAGAUUUAUUUGGCAGUCAGGGGAUCCUGUUCAGUUAGAAAAAAUCGCCCUGCCUCAAUUUGACAUUAAAAAGGAAGACAUUGAGUAUGGGAACUGUACCAAAUAUUACAAAGGCACUGGCUACUACACGUGUGUGGAGGUCAUCUUCACGCUGAGGAGGCAGGUCGGCUUCUACAUGAUGGGGGUCUACGCCCCGACUCUGCUCAUCGUGGUCCUCUCCUGGCUGUCCUUCUGGAUCAACCCCGAUGCCAGUGCCGCCAGGGUGCCGCUGGGCAUCUUCUCAGUGCUCAGCUUGGCCUCGGAGUGCACCACGCUAGCCGCCGAGCUCCCCAAGGUGUCCUACGUGAAGGCACUGGAUGUCUGGCUCAUCGCUUGCCUUCUCUUUGGAUUCGCCUCUCUGGUGGAGUACGCGGUCGUCCAGGUGAUGCUGAACAACCCCAAGAGAGUGGAAGCAGAAAAGGCCAGAAUUGCUAAGGCUGAGCAAGCAGGUGGCAAAAGUGGAAAUGCAGCUAAAAAGAAUACUGUGAAUGGCAUGGGCACUCCAGUUCACAUCAGCACUCUGCAGGUUGGUGAGACCAGAUGUAAAAAGGUUUGUACUUCUAAGUCAGAUCUGAGGUCCAAUGACUUCAGCAUCGUUGGAAGCUUACCGAGAGAUUUUGAGUUGUCCAAUUACGACUGCUAUGGCAAACCCAUUGAAGUCAACAAUGGCCUGGGAAAAUCUCAGGCAAAGAGCAGCAAGAAACCUCCUCCAGCCAAACCUGUUAUUCCCACAGCAGCAAAACGAAUCGAUCUGUAUGCGAGAGCAUUAUUUCCUUUCUGCUUCUUGUUCUUCAAUGUUAUAUAUUGGUCUAUAUAUUUGUGAUAAAUCUUUUCCAUUUAUAUAAAGUAAAGUCCCAUUUCAUUGUGACCAACCUCAUUCAUAUUUGCCAAUCUGUGAAAACUGUUGCAUUUCCAUAGCAAUAUAUUACAUUUUGGAUGCCAUUUGAUUGUAAUAAAAUGUGGCACCUUACUUAUGAAUGGCAGCAUGAUCCUGCAAGUCUGUGGUCUAAUAAUGAUGUAUAUACGUAUAGCAAGCAUAUUGCUUUAAGAAUAAAUGAAUGAUGAGCAUACUACACAUUAUACAUCUAAACAGUUCUCUUCAGUUUGUAUAAACUGCAAAUACUUCAGAUAAUUCUGGUAAUGAAAUGUUGUGCACGCUGAAUCUUGUUAUGGUCACCCUUCUAAUGUAUGCAGUAUUUCAGAGUUCCUUCCUUGUAACAUUCAGAGAAAGACGUCUUAUUCUUAUAUUAUUUUGGAUGGUAUUAUCAAAGAUUAAGCAAAGUUUUAUUGAUACUGUUUAAACUUUGUAAGUAGAAAUAUAUCAAUUAUAAAUUAUGGAGGCUCUGUGGAGAAAUAAAGUUCAGAAAAUUAUUAAUUUGUAAAAUCAGCUCAUGUUAUCUCAGUUGUCAAAAUGCCAGCUAAUGAAAUACAAUAUGCAUUUUUGAGGCAAAGGGAAACCUGAACUUGAAUCAAUCCAUACUAAGUUCUGACUUAUGAUAAAAUAUAUAUAAAUAAAAGAUAGAUGCAUCAUUUAAAUAUUUAGGACAAAAAGCUUAUUUAAUCCACAUUAAAACCUAAAAAUGUAUUUGUAUUUGUUGAUGUAGACUAUACAAAAGCAUUGUGCCUUAAAAACAGUUACGCAAAUUUUAAAUUGGAAUGCACUAGUAAAUAAAUUAUUUCAUAUCAUUUUAGGAAACCAAGAGGAAAUAAGUAUUAUACUACUAGAAGUAACUUGAAUUGUAAAAAAAAAAAAAUCCAUGAUCAUUGAAAUUUUAACUUCUUAUUGGAUUAAAAUGCCUACAUAUUUUAAGUAAAAUUAAAAAUUUUCCGAAUUUAUUUCUUAUUUAUUUGAAUAUUUUGGGAUAUAUUACAGAACAGUUAAAGAUUAAGUAAAUGAUAUCUUUGUUUAUAUUAGACUUCACUUCUACUUGUAUUUUCUUUCUUGCUGAAAGUCUAGGCAACUGAGAUUUACUUCUUUGAUCUCAUUCCAACCAGAAAGUAAGCACUAAGUCUCAUUUUAUGAGACCCCCCAUUCCUAAAAAUAUCAUAUUCAAUGUACUUUUUUUCUACCACUGCUGAAAUUAAAACUAACAGUAUUAUAAACAUAAGAUCCAAUGAAUAUAUUUGGAAAGUUCCAACUGAGACUCUGUAUGGCCAAUUUGAUUAUAUAAUGUAUUAAAUAAUGUAUUAAAAUGUUAUGCAAACUAUGAUAUGUAAGACAAUGCUAUUUAUUUAGUUCACUGAUGGCUAAUUUUAGAGACUCAUUGCAAAAAAAUUAAUGGGAUAUAAUGUAGUCCUCUGUAGUGCUCCAGCACCCCCUAGUUGCAAAAAAUGUAACCAUUUGAAUAAUUUUAAGGUGCCACAACUAAGAUUAUUGAUGAACUUCAAUACCCUACUAAGACUGAAGGCAAUAGUACUUUAAUAGAACUCUGUGUGUGUGUGUGUGUGUGUGUGUGUGUGUGUGUGUGUAAUGUCUUGAACAGGAUUUAAAGCAUUUAAAAUUUUAUUUGUAAUAAUUAUACUUACAAUAUGUUUUCUUUAUUUUUGAAAAUUGUAUUCAUUUUGUGGAGUUUGAUCUAGGAUUUUAUGUGGAAGAUGUACCAUACUAGAGUGAGGCCCUCAUUAUAUAGAAAUGUAUUUGCCAGAAAUAAUGUGAACGGAUAUCUUUUCUGUAAUAUAAUAUUGUAGCCUCUUCAAUAAAUCUUAAUACCCAAGUAUAUAUAAGCAACCA